UUCCCACAGCACAGUUCGAACAAAUUCAAAUCGCCCGCUUGCGUCCGAUGGGAGGCUCAGCCGCUGAAUCGGGAAGUAGUGGCACAACCAGAGGCGAGGGGCAUAAUGCGUUCCUCCACCUAAUUACUCAUUUGAGUUCCUUAAAUCUUUUUCUGAAAAGUUGGUUUGUGAUCUAUGCAUAUGCUUCAGCUGCGCAUCAAUUUCUGAAGGGAGCAAGAAACUACUUGAUGCAGCCUUCAUCUCCAUCGCGGGCGGGCUCCGUAUCUACCGCUUGGAGCACGACGCACCAGCCAGAUGAGUUGGAGGUCGGGAAUGGAGAGGGCGAGGUCGUUCAAGACGAUGCGUUUGACGAGCAGCCUCUCGGCCAUGGUUUGGAUGCCAUGGUGGGGCAAGAACCCUUGGAAGAAGGGUUUGGUGACUACGAUCCAACUGCUGCUCCUGACUCUCCGCGAAGCACUGGUAGCUCUGCCGUCGACGACGAAUCUGGAGUCGUCUGUGGAGGCAGCGUUGUAGACUCUGAAGAUAAAGAAGACAUCAUCAGCAUGCCGCUGAAACGCCGUCGUAUUUUAGAGUAGAAAGCGUAGCCAGAAGACAAGUGGUACUUGAUUUGUGUGGCAAGAGAUGACGGUGAUUUAGUUCGUACCACGCGUUCCACUAGAGGCAUCAUUGAAUGUAAAAUGUAGUUUCCCGUUUCG